UUCAGUUUCCCAAAAAAGCACACCAUGAGAGCUCCUAAAACUGCUGCGAUUGCUCACAAGAAGCCUAACGCCGAGAUACUGAAGAAAGGCAAGGCUGAGACGAAGACGAAGAAGGACAAGGCGAGGAGUAAGAAGGACCCCGAUGCUCCGAAGCGUCCCUCCAGUGCGUUCUUUAUCUUCAUGGAGGAUUUCAGAAAGUCCUUCAAGGAGAACAAUCCGGAUCAGAAGUCUUGUUCAGCUGUUGGAAAAGCCGGAGGUGAGAAAUGGAAAUCAAUGACUGAUGCUGAGAAAGCUCCCUAUGCUGAGAAAGCCGUGACGAGGAAGGUGGAAUAUGAAAAAGUCGUCCAAGCAUAUAAGAUUAAGCUCACUCAGAAUAACCAUGGAUGCAAUGAACUGCCAGAGGAAUCUACGACAUCGACUUCUGAGGUCCAUGACGAGGCAGACCAGGAAGCCAGCUCUUAGAGAAAUGGGAGCUGGGAAUGUGUACAGAGCUGGGAAAAAGUUUGGAGGUUCUCGUUUGUUUCUUAGCUUUUAUGUACUACCACUACUUUUACUACUACUUCAGAGUAGGAAUUGGUAACCCCACCCUAUUGGGUGCUGGAUUGAGAUCCCUGCCUUCCUUGGGUGCAAUGCCUCAUUGUCAUUGAGUGUUAUGUUCGUGGUUUUCUAAGUACCUAUGGCCUUAGUUGUCAAUAACCGAUAUA